UCUCGCGCCGCCAUAUUGAACACAACCCGGCGAUCCAAGGCUUGGGGAGAAACUUUGACGCAGGCUGCUUUCGAGAACCCGCAUUCUUGACGAACCAAAACAGGGUCGUUGGCAAGCUCCUAGAGUGGAUCCGACGCACGAGGGCGAGAAACAAUCAAAAUGAUUAACUGGCCGACUAUUUUUCGUCGCCGUUCUACUCAAUGCGGCGACGAGAAGCUUCACCUUCAAUCCGGCAUCAUAUGACCGCGGUCUCGAAGGGCUCACAGAUGGCUUCCUCAAGCAGGUAAUGUCCAGAAUCCAGGGAUCCGGCCUGGACUUAUCGGACAGCUCGCUCGAGUUCGCCUCCGACCAGCGUGCCAAACACGAGGAGCCGCCGCUUUCAGCGGACGUGUACCAGCGUGACCCGACCUUUGGCGCGCACCACCUGGGCAGGUACAGGAAAGAAAACGGCGACCAAGCUCAGCAGGUUGACAUCCUCGGAGGACCUAGCAUUCGCGACCAGGAGUACUUGCAGCACAGCUCGCUCUGGGGGCACCAGUACGUCACCGGUGGCGCUGGUGAAGGCUUCCAGCGCCUGAAGCCUGAUGGCAUCGCAAAGAAUGUUCAGGUGGUCAAGACUGACGCUGUCCUUCCAGCCUACUGCAAUCCACCAAACCCUUGUCCCAAAGGAUACACAGCUGAGGACGGCUGCCUUGAGAAAUUCGAGAACACGGCUGCCUACAGCCGAGACUACCAGGCAGCACAGGACUGCAUGUGCGAUACGGAGCACAUGUUCGACUGUCCCGGCGCCACGCAGGAGAACGAGAUCGACGCCCUGGCUCGCUCCAUCCAGAACGAGGGGCUCAUGGAAUCCACGCUGGACCGCAUCGUGCAGCACAUUGACCCAACCGUACCGGUGGAAGGACAACAUAAAACAGUCAUGGCUAAGAAGUUCUUCAAGAAGGAGAACCACGCGUCCUAUGCAAAGCGGUACUCUAGAAAAUCCAAGAAGUCUGUGAAGCAGCCCAAGACUACACCUGCCAAGAACCCGUACCUUCAAGGCGAGAAGCUACCGGUGGUCGCAAAGAAAGCGCCUCUGGCACCACGAAAAUGAGAAACGGAGGAGUACAAUUAUAUCAUCUAAAUUGGUGGCACGUUUACAAUAUCUCGUUCAUGUGUGAUACGUUACGUGAUUAUGUAGAGCAAGUGUCGCUCACACGUUCCUUUUAAGACAUCGCGAUAUUGCUGUUGUAGACGAAUGCUCCAGGGAGUGUUUCGACCAAUAAAAUAUUUUGUGUUGUUGAAGCUUC